AAGAUUAAGUUAUUUUGACAAUUACAAAAUUUAUCUUUAAUAUAUUUCAGAUGAAAAUAAAUAAAAAUGGAAGAAGAUGAAGAUGUUAUUAUUGAAGGUUCGGAUCUUCAUAAUCAUCUGAUUAACAAUGGAUAUCAAGAUCUUGAAUUAAAAUCUCCCAGCAGCAAGCAGAAUGAGAGUAUAUCUGACCAAAUCUCACAAAUUGAAAGUUCUUUUAAAUCGUCUUCCAUCCAAAGGCCCCCCUCAGCCUCAUACUCCCUCAUCCCUGAUAGUUCAAGGAUCACAAACUCAUCAGUAUGGCCGGCGACGUGUGACAAGUUGCUGGAGGUUGAGGUUGCACAAGAAAUUCUUAAAUCUGAGCUCCUGGUCUGCGAGGAUGAGGACUUUAUACAAAACUUUAUUCUAUCAGAGGAUGUCCUGGAAAAGUACAAGGCGCAGAGUGAAGGAGGAGAAUCGUACCUUGGAGAUAUUCUUCUUUUCUCUGGUAGUCUUGCAGCCGUAGCAGGAGCAGUAUUCUUCCUCAGUGAGAAAACUAGAGCCGCAGCUGCCGCUGCUGCAAUUCUUCCAUCCGCCAUAGCUGCCAUGUCAAGUAUAAGGUUAGGGGCUAAAGUUAAGUCUAACAAUGAGAUGGAACACUUUAAGGUUUUGCUAAAGCAUCUUCUCUCAAAUAUGAAAACAUACAAGAUUCUCCUCAGAAAGUGUUUAAGUUUAAUUCAGGGAAUGGAGAUGAUGAACCAAGGAUAUCUGCUUACUGCAAACCAUCAUAAUUCAACCUUACCGCCAGGAAGUUCGACUGAGUUAGAAGAAUCAAAACUGUCCCAGGCAUUGUGCAAAAGGUCGUCUUUUAUUGACCUACGACGGGCCAUCUACUCCUGUACUGUUCAGAUUAUAGUUGUUUAUCGAGAAGCAAUCCAGACUCUGAUGGAGAUCCAACCUUUAGCAGAUCAUAUUGAUCUCCAGGAUCAUUAUUUGGCGUACAUUGAACUGGAGAAUUUUGGUAUUCAGAAGGAUAUUCCCGAUCAAAAACUAUCUGUAAGACAGUUAAAGGAAACGAUCCAGUUAAGUUUACUACAACAGUCAGAGUAUCUUAGAAGAUUUAGUUUAACUUUCUGUGAUAAGGUUCGAGACGAUGAAGAACUAAAUAGAAGCGGAGUUCUCAAACAUAUUAAACAAAUUAUUUUAAAGAUACGCCGAGUAACAGAGAAACUUGGAAAGGAUAUUUUACAGGAUGCGGGAUCUAGUUUAUUACCAGACGAGGAUAAACUCCUGGAAUGGUUGAAGGGGUUUAAAGAGAUCCAAGGAGAGCUGAACGCCUGUUUGACCUGCCUAGAGGAGGGGGUCGACCAGAUAGAUGAUAUCAAACGACCGUCUAGCGCAAGAAGUUUAAACUCUGAUGAGAUGUGUUCUGAAGUGAGUUCAGCUGAGAGCGUGGCAGGGAGUAGUCAGUGUACUCAACGUGUGAUAUCUGAGAGCGAUGAACAAUCUCACAUGGAUGAAGUUUUUGAAGCUUUUAUUUCCUCGGAUAACUUGGAUAUGAAGUUUGAGGAUAAUUUCGUCCAAGACUAUGAGAAGAGCAAGGAAGAGCGCCGGCAGUCCAAAAAAGUGUUAAACGAGCUUAAAUCCGUCCUCAGGGUUAAAGAAAAAGAAUUCCAGGUGCGAGAAGCCAAAGCUAUUGCACGACAGGCACGGGUAGACUCAGUUGAUCUUCAGCUAGGAGAUGAUAACUGUACAAGUUCUGCUAAAGAAGAGGAGAAUUUAAAUAGUAUUAACCAAAGUGCCAACCUAGAAGUUCCUGUUCCACUUGUAAAGUCCAAUAUUUUGGGACUAAGUCAGGAAACAGAUUCGGACUGCGAUUCGAUCAGAUCUGACACUAGAACAGUGAGGUCUCAGGAUAGUGAGCCUGGUCACCACAGUGAUAGUGUCUCAUUCCACUCAUCUUCUAUAUACAAGGAGGUGGAAAGUUCCGAUUCCUCAGACAGUUCUGGAUCAGCACAAUCAAGAAAUAAAAUUAAAUUGAACAAGACUCCUUCCCUCCUCUCUCUGCAUAGAAUGUCUAAUUCAAUCCCUAACAGUGAAUUGGAGAACAUUAGAAGCCUAGAAUCCCGUAGUUUUAGUUCUCCAGAUCUUAAACGAUUUAUAGGCUGUGAAACAUCUAGUCCAUAUGUAAGCCUUGAAAAACUGCUUGAUACAGAUUGUGAAGUAGAAGAAAAAACAAAUGGAUUUCAUGGGUUAAAAGAUGAAGAUAGUAGCAGUUCUGAUUCCUACAAUCGAAAAUAUAAUUCGAGCAAAAAGAUGUUUCGGCGUCCGCUCCGGCCUGCAGCCCUAAAGAAUGGAACAAGGCACAGAAGCAGAGUACAUCCGCACACUGAGCACCGUGACGGUACAGGUCUGCUGGCGGGGCUUCAAAAAACCAGUGAAGGAACCGAAAGAAAUGGUGCAGACUCCUCCCUAAGCUCUGUUUAUAUGAAUAAGUAUAGAGAUGUUCAUGUAAACACCCAGCCAUCAGGAUUUGAUUCAAGGUUAGCUGCUGCAGCUGUGGCAAAAUCACGAAUGAUGAGAUUAAGUUCCACCACUAGUCAGUCUACUGCAGGAGAAGAAUAUUUCGGAUCAUCAGAAUCAGAAACAGAAUAAAUAAAGAACAGGAAUCAGAAACAGAAUAAAUAAAGAACCGAAUAAGAAACAGAAUAAAUAAAGAACCGGAAUCAGAAACAGAAUGAAUAAAGACCCGAAUCAGAAACAAAAUAAAUAAAGAAUCAGAACUAGAACAAAAAUAUCUGCAGAAUCGGAAA